AUGGUUGUCCUCGCAGCAUCGAUCUGCACCCGCGGGGGCAAAGCUGUCCUCUCUCGACAGUUCCGCGAGAUGCCCAGGUCGCGUAUCGAAGCUCUCCUCGCCUCGUUUCCCAAACUUGCCGACAGCGGUACUCAGCAUACAACUGUCGAACAGGACAAUGUCCGCUUCGUCUACCAACCCCUGGAUGAGCUCUACAUGGUCCUCAUCACCAACCGCCAGUCCAAUAUCCUUCAAGACAUCGACUCGCUACACCUCUUCGCCCAAGUUGUCACCAGCACCUGCAAGAGCCUGGAUGAGAGGGAGAUCCUCAAGAAUGCAUACGAGCUGCUCAGCGCAUUUGACGAGCUGGUGACGCUGGGGUACAGGGAGAACCUGACGAUCAGCCAGAUCAAGACCUUCCUGGAAAUGGAGAGUCACGAGGAGCGCAUCCAGGAGAUCAUUGCCCGGAACAAAGAAUUGGAGGCCACCGAGGAACGGAAGAGGAAAGCCAAGCAACUCGAGAUGCAGCGAAAGGAAUCGGCCCGCAACGCUCGCGGGAUGGGUGGCAUGGGCAAUGCGCCCAGAACGCCUGUGUACCCAACCUACACACCACCUACCCGACCCGCUGUUACCGAUACCUACGACUCGUACGAAGCUGAGAAGAACAAGUCCAAGUUCGCCGCGCCCAAGGGCAAGGGAAUGCAGCUCGGCAAGAAGUCGAAGACCACCGAUAUGUUUGAGCGGGUGCGGGGCGAGAUGGGCCAUGAGGUGGAUGACAGCCCUUUGAUCGCUCCGGCAGCGGCAUCUCCUGUUGCAGCAGAAGCGCCCGCCCCACGAAUUUCUACAACUCUGGACCGUGAUGCCAUACAUGUCACCAUCUCUGAAACGAUUGGUGCCCACAUCUCAAGAGAAGGCGCUGUCAAAUCCAUCGCAGUCAGCGGCGACCUGAAUUUGCGGAUAUCCGAUCCUUCCCUGACCAAGGUCAAGCUCGACUUGAGCGCACAGCCUUCCCAUGGCGCACAGUUCAGGACUCACCCCAACGUGGACCGGAACCUGUUCAACAGCUCCAAGGUCAUCCAGAUGAGCAAGGUUGAUCGAGGCUUCCCUGUCAACCAGUCUGUUGGUGUGCUCCGGUGGCGUGCCACGCCCAAGACAGAUGACACGAGCGCGCUGCCCAUCAGCUUCACUGUUUGGGUCAACAAGGGCACUGAUGGUACCUAUACCAUGACCGUUGAGUACGAACUGACCGGUGGUGACGCGCUCAAGGAUGUCAGCGUCACUAUUCCAUACGCGACUAGCGAGCCUACUAUCUCAAGUUUCGAUGCUACGUAUGACGUGACCGGCGACAGCGUGGAGUGGACCAUCGGCACAGUGGACGAGGACAAUUCCAAUGGUGCUUUCGAGUUCGAGGCCCAGGCAGACGACGAGAAUGAGUUCUUCCCAAUGCAGGUCCGGUUCUCCAAGACCACACCGUUUGUGGAUGUCGACGUGUCCUCUGUUACGCUGAUCGAGAUGAACGAGGAUGUGACUUUCUCGAAAGAGAUCAAGUCUGUCGCAGACAAGUACGAAAUCGAGUAA